CUUCUAGAACGAUAACAGAGUUGCGUCCUCGCUGUUUGGGACUGUCGUGCUAAACUUCCGGCUGGGCUGUAGAGAGGUCGCGUUAAGCGGGAAUUUGCCUUUCGCUCCAGUGUUGUUCUCCAGGCUCCUCCGUGUCAUUGUUUGCGGCCAACAAUAACGCAGAGAUGAGCGGGUGCGGCGGGGAGGAGAUUAUCCGUAUCGCCAAGAAGAUGGAGCGGAUGGUACAGAAGAAGAACACGGGUGGGGCUUUAGAUUUAUUAAAGGAACUUAAAAAUCUCCCAAUGACUUUGGAGCUUCUUCAGUCCACGCGAAUUGGAAUGUCGGUGAACGCCAUCCGUAAACAAAGCUCCGAUGAUGACGUGACGUCUCUAGCCAAAUCGCUCAUUAAGUCCUGGAAAAAACUUUUAGAUGGUCCUUCAGAUGACAAAGAACCAGAGGAAAAGAAGAAAGAGCCACUGCCUCCUGCCCAGAACAGCCCAGAGCCCAGGGAAGAAAGCAGUUCAAGCACUAAUUCCAGCUUUCUGAAGGAGGACUGUGCCGCCCCACCUGAAAACUUCAUUACAUCUUAUCCACGAGCUCCUAGUACAUCAGACUCGGUUAGGAUUAAAUGCAGAGAACUGCUGUCUGCAGCCCUGAAAACAGGAGAUGAUUACAUUACAAUUGGUGCAGAUGAUGAGGAGCUUGGGGCUCAGAUUGAAGAAGCUGUGUUUCAAGAGUUUAGGCACACCGAUUCAAAGUACAAGAACAGAGUUCGGAGCAGAAUCGCCAACCUAAAGGAUGCAAAAAACCCAAACUUAAGGCGAAAUGUCCUUUGUGGCAACAUUUCUCCAAUUCUAUUUGCCAAGAUGUCUGCAGAGGAAAUGGCCAGCGAUGAACUUAAGGAAAUGAGAAAGAACAUGACUAAGGAGGCCAUCCGGGAGCACCAAAUUGCCAAGACUGGUGGUACAGAGACUGACCUGUUUAGCUGUGGAAAAUGUAAAAAGAAGAAUUGUACAUACACUCAGGUUCAAACCCGAAGCGCUGAUGAACCUAUGACAACAUUUGUAUUCUGUAAUACAUGUGGAAAUCGUUGGAAGUUUUGUUAAAGAAAAUGCAACCGACUUUAACGGAAGAGUGAGUUUUUUGUAAUUGAUUCAUUCAAGUGGUUCUCCGAAAUUGGAUUUUUUUUAAGCUGGAUUCAACUUGUGGGAUCUGAAUUUUUAAGAACUGAACAAUUUGGAAAUUCGCCUUGCACAAAAAAAAAUGCCCCAAUUUUAUGGUGCAAGUUUAAAACGGAAAACUAAUUUUAUAACGAUCAACUUUAAACUUUUAUCAGCACCUCCUAUGGCAUCAUUUCCGUCUGAUCAUAUGCGACAAAUCCGUUUUACUUUUAGCCAAUACCCCAACUGUAUUGUAUGCCAUUAAUUAGUCUUGCCCCGUCGGACCCUAAAGCUGUUAAAAAUGAGUGUACAUAAUAUUGCCACAGGUUGUGGACAAGUUUAAUAUUUCUCAUGUAUGGCUUUUCCAAUGUUAGAAAUGUUCUUCUAAUCAUGAAAUGAAAAUUGCUAAUUGUGACACCAAAGUAAGUUAUGUUGGAACAUGAUUAGUUUGAGCUUCAUUCCUUCUAAACAUUGUGUCAUGCUGGAUUUCGUUUUAUAGAGCUUUUCAUUAAAAAGAUUUGUUUGUA